AGUCGCCUCUUUAAAAUACAAUUAUUAUAUAUUUAUGGUCGUAUCCUCAUCCUGGCGUUGGUUUUUAUGGGAGCCUUCAACCCAAGGCUCCAACUCCAUCAUCGUUCUCCCCUCCAUCUCUAUCUCCAUCUCCAUGCCAACCUAGGACAGAAACACAAGAGGGUUCCAUGGGUUCUACCACCUCUAAACACCCACCACCACCCAACAAAACCCUUAAACGCACCCUUUCCUUCAUUUUCAUCUGUGGUUCCUCCUCAUCUACAUCACCCAACGAGAUGGAAGAUGAUCCAAUAGAAGAUUGUCAUGAUCGAGAUAAUCCCACCAAAAUCCCAAGGCCAACAAAAGAAUUUGCAUUGCCAUCGGUUGCUGAACAUGGCUCAAUCAGCCCCAAAAGCAUAAGUCAAGUUUUUUUGGACAGCAAUUUGGUUCUAAAUGAGAACCCUUCUCCUGAAAUUGGUCCCGGAACAAUUUUAGAUUGUAGAAAUGGUUAUGGAGCUAGUACUUCAAAUCAAGAUAGAGUAUUUCCCCAUCCAAGUUCUUCAAAAAGUAGAAUUGACAUAAGUUUUGUGGAUCGAAAUGACGACAUAGUUGAAAGGAUUACACAUUCUGACCGACUUUUGCCCAUUGAAAAUGAAAUCCCUGAGAGGGAAGUUAUUUUAGCCCGUAAUUUUAGUUUCAAAUCAGUAGAUGACACCUGUCAAGAAACCAUACCUUCGAAUCUUGGAUUAAGUUUACCCGAAAGGGAACAAGAACAGAGAGACGAAACAGUUAAUCAUGACGUGGCGAGUGUAUCUUCUGACAAUUUGUCUAGGGCAACCACUGAGGUCAACACUCAUGAGUUGAGGUCGGAUACUAGAAGCCUAAUUUGGGAUGCAUUCUUUAGGGAAAAUGGUGAAAGGCAUAGUGAUUCACAAACUUUUACAUUCUCAUCGGAUGAUUCUGAUGACGAAUUUGGUGAUGAUUCUUUAGAUGGUGGAGCCAGAAGUGAUGGUCGACAUUUGGGAAGUCGAACUCACAACAUAACUGAACUCGGACAACCCUCAAGUUCUGAGAUUUGGGAAAGUAUUCGGCGUGGUAGUGAUGAAUCUCACCUUCGAACACAUAUAUGUCCAUCAGGGCAUCAUUCUUAUGGCACAUGCUUUUGUGAUCCAACCUCGAUGGCUGAAAACGGCAGGCCGCCUGCAACUUUAUCACGUAUAAUCAUGCUUGCUGAGACAUUGUUUGAGGUAUUGGAUGAGAUUCAAAGGCAUCCCUUGUCACUUCCGUUAACUAUGGUGUCACUUCCGGCUCCAGACUCGGUUGUUGACUCUUUACCUGUAAAAAAUCACAAAGUGAAACACAAGAGCGAAAGUGAUAUUGAACAAUGUCUGAUUUGCUUAGCUGAGUACGAGGAAGGAGAUGAAAUACGGGUUCUUCCCUGCCAGCAUGAGUACCACAUGUCUUGUGUUGAUAAAUGGCUCAAAGAAGUUCACAGGAUCUGUCCACUUUGUCGGGGAGAUGUUUGUGAAGCAGAUGCUACCAUCUUAAGCUCAGAAAUUGCUCUUGCUUGAUGGUAUUUGUACAUAUUUUCAAGAGAUCUUGAAUUUGGAUGGUUUUGCACAUCAUUUUUCGUUCUUUAUUUGUAUGAUAGAAUUGCGCCUUGCUUUGUUCAAUGGCGAAUGGGGUUUAACUGCGUUUCUGUUGC